UUUUUUCAAUAACUUCAAUAAUGGAGACAUCGGUCGCGCCGAUGGACAACAAAUUGCAACUCAAAAGCAAAGUUGUCGUUACUAUUACCGACUUCGGGUCCGAACUGCAGAACAAAUGGAUUGAAUUGAAACGAUUCAAAAGCAAUGUCUUCGGCAUCGGUUCCGAUCGGUUUCGGAUAUACAUCGACUGCGAGGGCAACGAAAUCCGACACUAUUUGUGUCUGAAACAUACCGACGAACUAUCGGUUGAUGUCCAGUACGAUGUGUUUAUUAUAGACAAAAAUCAACAGCCAUUUGCCAGACAACGUAUCAAUCAGAAGACAUUGGAUGUAACAGAAAACUACUGGAGCUAUCAUUUGCUGAUCAAUAAACAAGAUCUGAUUAACCAAACCGGCAGUCUAUUGAUUGAUAAUACACUGUCCAUUGCAGUCGACAUGACUGUCCAUCAAAAAUAUCGUCAGUCGACGGACGGCUGUUCGUGGCUUCGGACGUGUUCUUCGGAUCAGUUGUUCGGUGUCCGCGAACUAUGCGAUUGUCGGCUAAUUGUUGGCAAAGAUCGGCACGAAUUCUAUGCCUCAAAACUGUUGCUCAGCUGUCGAUCGGAAGUGUUCGCUAAGAUGUUUACCACCGAUUGUAUGGAAAAACUAUCGGCCGAAGUAGUCAUCGACGAUAUCGAGCCGCAAGUGUUUGAACAGUUUCUUCGCUAUCUCUAUACGGGUCGAUGCGACCAAUUGGACGACUAUUGCCAGGAGUUGCUGGUUGUGGCCGACAAGUAUUUGGUCGGUUCGCUGAAGACCAUGUGUUUCAAUUGGUAUUCAAAUAAGAUUAGUUCAGACAAUGCAUUCAAAACGUUAAAAUUAUUACAAGACUUUGGCGGUUCAGACGAUGAAGAAUUGAUGGCAAAGACUGUUGAUUUUAUUUCCAGAAAAAUCAGUUCAAUAGUCGGUCAAGAAAUUGGCCAACAGAUCGGUAUUAAGACGCAAAUGUUGAACAAAAUUAAAGACAAAAUCGACAAAAUAAUAGCAAAAAAGUAA